CUCUAGCAAUGAGGGAUCUGUAAUGCUGCUCCUGCUUCAUUGAGUCCUGGAUCACAGGGGGAAGGAGGGGGAGAGAGCGAGAGAGAGAGAGAGAGAGAGAGAGAGAGAGAGAGAGAGAGAGAGGGAGGGAGAGGGAAAGGGAGACUCAGAGGGAGUUUUUCUGCAGGAGAAAAAGCAGAGUUAUUAGGAAGCAGAAAAUGGGACCGGCUGCCACCUCGCUCGCUCUCCUGUGUUUAUGCUCUGUGGGUGUGUGUGUUCCUGCAGGGACGACUGGCGAUACACAGGAAGAGGUGAAGAAAGCGAGAGGAGACGUUCCUGAUAUUCUUCCAGAGCCUGAACCCGAGCCAACCAGCCCAGUGUCAGACUUUGAAAACUCAUACAACUAUGUCUUGUCUAGACUAGCCGGUAUGGACCAGGCGAUCCACAAGCUGGAUGUGGGUCACUACACCCUGGAUGUUAAAGUCAGUCAGCUAAUGGACCGUCUGACCAGGGUGGAUGCUAGAGUCGCAGAGCUGGAGGACAGCAUCCAGGAGGUCUACCAGCACAGCAAGGUCAACCGCAAAGAGAUGGGAAGACUGGAAGGCUGCCAGAAGGGACACAGGUUGGGAUACAAAUGCUAUCUCGUGUACAAUAACCUCGCGGACUACGCCGGAGCUUCCAGGAAGUGCCAGGAACGCGGCGGCCGCAUGGCGAUGCCCCGCGACCGCAAGGAGCAGGAAGCCGUCGCAGACUACGUCAAGUCCUUCUUCCACCCGGGGAACUGGCCCGUGUGGCUGGGCAUCAACGACCUGCGAUCUGACGGCUUGUACGUGUUCGACGAUGGGACGCGGGUUUCGUACUUCCAGUGGCGGAAACACUUCCUGUCCAGCCAGCCGGACGGAGGGAGGCGGGAAAACUGCGUGGCGAUGUCGUCGGACGAUGGCGACUGGUGGGACCACUACUGCGACCGCACCAUGAACUAUAUGUGCGAGUUUGACAACAGGGAGGCACUUUAAAAUGAACUUUACUUUGACCACCAGUCAUUCAAUAUAAGAAAUAAAAGUCCACUAUAUCUUCAAAUAACUUAUUGCCCUUUAAAAGAAACUCGUGUGUUUUAAUCAAAAUAUCCAGUAUAAAUUCAUCUAUAAGUGCAGCAUUGUUUACUGCAGGUUAAAAACAUUUCCCAUGAGAAUUGUUCACUGUAUUUUAGUUUUUUCCAGUAAAACACUUCUGGCAUUUGAGCUUUACUAUAUUCAACAGUCCUUAAUUACGUUUUCAUGCAGCUGUGGUGACAGGAAUGUAAACCAGACAGGACUCUGUUAUGAUUUCACGCCUGGAAUUCUCGAAACCACGAAAACCUGGAGUAACUCUGUUCACAAUCAGCACACUGACCCUUCAGAUAUAAUCAAUGUGUGUUUGGGUUUAAAAGGAAUUAGGCUUUCUGUGUUUGUUACUUUUGAAGAUGUGUUAACAGUCUGAUGGUGGGUGGGAUGUCCCUGUUAAACUGCUGAUUCUUCAUCACCUCUGGCCAGAGCGUUUUCAGGUUUAGAGUCCUCUUUCCGCUCCAAACCGGACACAUGAUAACUGUACUGUAUGUAGAUGAGUUCUACUGUACAUAACACGCUGAAUGUAUACAUUUUCAUAAAUCUUUACCUGAUGUUAA